CUUUAUUAGAGAGGAGCAGAGUGUGGAGAAAGCAGAUCUCACAGAGGAGCAUCGAGAUACGCAGGAGCGCAGAUACUCAACUCAUCCAAAAUGAGUCUUCAGGUUUGCCACUGUGGCUGGUCCAAAACGACAAGUUACCAGGGCCUCAGAGUUCACCAGGGAAAGAUGGGAUGUACACCAAAGGGAAUGAGGAUCCCUGAACAUGAAGAAUUCAGUUACCUUCCUACAGUGACUAUCCUGAGUCCUCAGAUCAAAUUAACAGACCCAUUUAUGGAUAUUUUCAAGAAUUCUGUGAAGUCUGAUUCAAACUCAAGCUACUACAGCUGGCCCAGAAUCACAGUUGAUCAGGACCUCGGAGAUCUCCAGGGAGGGAUGAGAUCUACACAAAAUCAACUGGAAGAGAACAAAGUUCAACUCUGGAGAAAUCAUCAAGAAGAAUCUCAUCAAAAGUGCAGCAGACCAACUUUCAGUCCUUCAGUCAAGGAGGAGCAGAAUAUGUUUCUGCCAUCAAGCUUCAUCCCCCAAAUCGAUUCUCCAGCCAGACAAGCCUCUGCAGUAGAGAUAAUUAAAUCAUUGGUUGAAACUCAGCAACAGUCUGUGCCAACAGGUUCAAACAUGGGCGAAGAUCAGGGGCUUGAUUUAGGCUCUGGUGCACAGUCUGUGUUCAUGUCUGUGUCACAGACCUUCAGCAACCACAGUGAUCACACAGACAACACAACCACAAAGAUGGAGACAGACACAUCAUUCUUUGAGACUCCUCAGCGCUCUCAUCAAAGCACCGUGAGCUCAGACAAAGCCCGUCGAGCUCUGGACUUCUCUACUGGUGGACAGCAGGUGGUACAACUCUUGGAGCUUCCUGGGAAAGCAGCCCAGCACGCAGCAAUCUGCCCCGAAGAAAAAGAAAAGGACAUAGACAGGCUGAAAGAGAAGAAGACUAAAAAACUACAAAAGGCAAAACAGGAAAAGAUGAAAUCUGAUUUGCAGCAGAAAAUUCACAUCAGAGAGCUCAAGAUGGCUGAAGUCAGAUCAUCGGAAAUAGACUGCAAGGGUACUCUGGAUGCCGAAUGGUUGGAAGUCAAUAAUUUCUUCUCAGAGGCUAUCAGAGUUGUGGAAGAUGCUCGAAAGAAAGCCCUUAAGCCUCUGGAGGAGAGGAGACAGAAAGUGAAAGGAGAUGCUCAGGAUAUCAUCCAGAAGCUGCAAAGAGAAAUUGAUGUGCUCAAAAAGGCCAUUGCUGAAGCACCCAAAAACCCAGACUUGGAGGUUUCGCCACUAACAGGCCUGAAUGAAUCUACUGACUGGAAAAAUGUUGACACUUCACUCUCCUUUGGCACACUGAGAACUACGACUUCAGCCAUGAUGAAGCAAAUUCACGACAAACUGGAAAAACUCUCAUCCAUCGAACUCAGGAGGAUUACAAAAUUUGCAGUGGACGUGAAGCUGGACCCGGCGACCGCACACCAAAGCCUUGAAAUUUCUGAUAAUUGGGAAAAAAGUGAGAGAUGGUGGAAAGAUGUCGAAAGAUCCUGAUUCUCUGCAAAGGUUUAAUAUGUUUGGAAGUAUCCUGGGGCUCAACAGGCUGUCCUCUGGCAGGGCAUACUGGGAGGUGGAGGUCAGCAAAAAGACCAGGUGGGAUCUGGAUCUGGCGAGACAUGAUG